AUUUAAUACUUUCAUAGUGUACUAACCUACCUCAUUAAUAUCUGCGCGGUUUUAGAUAACGAUGAUAAGAAAUACUAAGAAACACAGGACAGAAAUAGUAAAGAUUUGUUAGGUGCAGCGUUAGAUUCAUCAUUCCCGUGACAUCAAGACUAGAAGUUACUUAACACGUUACGAGAUGAAUCGUUAUUAUGACGCAGUUAAUUUAACAGAUUUUACUGAGCUGAAACUUGUUUGGGAAAAUUUAACUGUUACUGUGCUCGUCGAGGAUGAUAAACGUUCGGAAAAACUGUGGCGGAAAUUCUUACAGAGAAGAUAUACGAGAGCGCUUAAUAUAUUGAAAGAGGUAUCCGGGUAUGCAGAAACUGGUAACAUGUUCGCUAUCUUGGGACCUAGUGGUGCCGGCAAAACUACGCUUCUUGCUGCCUUAGCGGGAAGGCUUCAUUCGAGUUCGGGCACAGUGAAGAUCAAUGGACACGACGCUUCCGAAGAGACGAUGAUGGAAAUAUCGAGCUACGUGCCACAAUUUGAUGCUUUACCCUCUGCCCUCACGCCAAAGGAGUACAUGUUGUUCAUGUGUUCUCUGAAAAUGGGAAAUAGUUGUAGUGUAUUGCAAAGAGUAUCCUUAGGAGAAGAACUUUUGCGAGACUUUGGAUUACACGAGUGCAGCGAUACUGUCAUAUCGAAGCUAUCCGGUGGUGAAAAGAAACGUCUGUCAUUGGCCGCGGAAUUAGUGACAAGGCCGAAAAUACUCUUUAUAGAUGAGCCAACUACGGGUCUGGAUGUUUUUUCCGCAACAUGCGUCGUACAAUCAUUGAAACAAAUUGCUUUGAGGGGUGUCAUGGUUUUUUGCACGAUUCAUCAGCCGGGUAUGGCAAUAUAUAAUAUAUUCAGUCAUGUAAUAUUAAUGGCUGACGGUAGAUCGGUGUAUUUUGGAAUUCUGAAAAGUGCCACAGAGUUCUUUGAAAGUCAGGAUUAUCAUUGUCCUGCAAAUUACGAUGAAGCCGAAUAUUAUGUGAAUAUUUUAUCACGCCAAAACGGGACAGAUCGCAGCGUUGAGUUGCAUCGAGCAUUUUCGCAAUUGCCGUUCUCAAAAAUUCCGUCAAUCGACGGUGUCGAAAUUGCCCGCAUCAUUCCUCGAAAAAAAUCCGGAUGGCUCGUACAAUCUUACUGGUUGCUGUGGAGAAUAUGUCUGCAAAAUAAAAGGACAGUUUUUGACAAUUGGAUCACGUGGUUCUCUUACUCGCUAUCUAUAGUCUUUGUUGGUAUUUUUUACGCUGGUACCAAUUCAUUGACACAAGAAGGAAUACAGAACGCUCGAGGCGCAUUGUACUUGACAAUCUCCGAGAUCAUUUUUACGGUCGCUUAUUCCGUCGUUUAUGAAUUACCCCGUGAACUUGUUCUUUAUCUUCGCGAGAGUGCCAUUUACGCGCCAGGACCUUAUUAUUUCACUAUUGUCCUCGGCUUGAUACCCAAGACUACGCUCAGGACCUUCCUAUUCACGAUCGUGAUAUAUUUUGCGCUGCAGUCUGAAUUUUGGUUGCUUGACUUUGGCCUGUAUUAUCUUUGCACGACGGCAGCAGCGGUUUCUGGCACGGCAUACGGCAUGAUGAUUUCCAGUUGGGUCGCCGAUGUUGAAGUUGCGACUACAAUAAUGAUAAUGUUCGAUCUGUUGUUUCUGUUAACGGCGGGUAUGUUUUACAAUCUCCGAACAAUGCCGAACUAUUUAAUGUACUUCAAAUACGCCUCCAUAUUUUAUUACGCUAAUGAAGCCAUCUCGAUAAUACAUUGGUCGAAAAUAAAAGACAUCGAAUGUCCAAUUAGUUAUAAUAUGCCUUGCUUAUUGAACGGAACGGAAGUUUUGUCCGAAUAUGGAUAUAACGAAAGAAACUUUUGGUGGGACAUGAUUGGAUUGCUGCUUCUAACAAUUUUGAUGAAUAUUGUCGGAUAUCUUGGCACAAGAAGACGACGGACAUUAACAUCAAUUAUUUAGUCGGUGAAGAGCAGCCGUGGGAAACAUCUUGUAAAAAUGAUCGAUAAGUUUUGAAAACUUUUGAAGAGAAGCUAUCUCUCGGUUACUUGAUAAUAUUUUCCAAUGUCAUCAACAUUGUGUGAUAAAAAUUUGUCAUGUUGCGAAUUCGCAAUUGCGAUUUGUAAUGUCAGCAUUUUUGUGGUUGAACUUCUUUUUGCGGGUGUUCAAUUUAACACAUGCAACUUAUCAGCAUAUUACGUAAGUCAUCCAUGAAGCUAAAAUAUAAAGAACAAGAAUAAAGGAGACUAUAAACAGCGAUUACGCUCGCAGCAAAACGCUCGGUGCGUUUAUAUCAACUUUCUUGAAAGAUUUAUAGAGAGCACAAAGUUGGAAAUAAUGUUACUGUUCCGCGUCACUCACACGUGAGAAAAAAGAAAUUUUGUCAUCGCAGUAAAACAAUUGUAUGAAGACAAUUACACGUCAGCCUAAUAAUAUUUAUUAACAUUUUUAACAUGCUAUCUUCUGCUCAUCUAGACGUAAUUUUGCAAUAAUUCUGCUUAACGCGACAAAAGUGCGAUCUAAAAAUACACCGUUAAAAAUUGUGCGUCCAUAUGUUAAAAUUUUCUUGUGUUGCU